GUCAUUAUAAAUCAGACGAAUCGGAGCAUUUAUCAGAGCAAGAAAAAGGCAAAGGAGAGAGCACUUCCUGUCAUACUAGUUCCGGUGUUUCGGUUGUCAUUUGCGUGCAUGUUUGCGUGUUAACUGCGCGAAGUGAGACUUUCUUCCGAAAGUGUUCUUGCGUGCAAUACGUUUUAUUGUUUGUGCAUCGUAUCAGUGCUGUCUUGAAAUGAUGCUGUCGUGGAUGGAAAAGAUCCCAGACCAAGUAGGAUUUCUGGUGCUCAAUGCUGAUGGAGGUGUUAUGAGCUCAGGAGGCGAGCUUGAAAACGAAGAGCGUAUCGGCGAGAUCAUCCGCAAAAUGGUCUACUGUGCGGACAGGCGUGAUCUACUGCCUACAGACAACAGUGAUGCAAUCAACCGAAUGUCAAUUUACCUUGGAAAGUACUACUACGUUGUGACCCUCUCAAGCCAAAAAAUUUUCAUAUCCAAGAGAGAGUACCUGCCAGUUGAGCCAGUUGUUGUGUAGAAUAUGCUGUACUGUGUGCUAGUUCUGCAACUUGUGUAAAUAAAAUUUAUU